AGCUGCGCUGAGCGCAUCAUCAGACCCACAUGGUGUCUUCCGUCGCUCUCCAUUUUCAUUGUUCUUUCUCUCCCCUGCACUCAUUGUUUUGCAGAUGACUCGGGGGCGAGGCUGGCUACGCCUUGGACGGAUCACCUGUCAAUCACAAUGACGACAACCAAACCAAUCACAUCCAUGCGCAUUGGGGGAGGUGCAACAGCAACGCCACCGCCAGUCAAAAGUCAUUCUGUGAUCACUCUUCAGCGCUCGAUAACAGAGUCGGCAUCGAUAACUGCCGGCAUGAAGGUCAUCGUAGAGAUGCUCAUCCUGGCCGCGCUCAUUUGGACACCAAGCUGCGAGAAGGUGGUCUACAUCAAAGAGGGAGACACGGUCACGCUGAGGCUGGAUGGACUCGAAGCCAAUAACGAAUACUUGUAUUGGUCCCACCGUAGUCUCCAAGAAGGCUGGCUGGCCUGGCAGCAUCCCUUGAGGGGCUGGUCCUUCACUAAAGAUAAGCGCUGGGCCGGCAGGUUGUCCGUUUCCCAAGACGCACUGAGCAUCAACGGAGUCAAAGAGCAUGACUUUGGCACGGUGGUCUUUUCCAGACUCUCCAACCUACAUGCUAAAAUCACUCCAGUGAAGAGUUUCACAGUCUCCAAAAUCACAGUGUCUGUCGACGCCAAAUACACUGUUCUGGUGUCCCAUGAAGUCGUGAUGCUCUCCUGCCACGUGGACACUCCUCCAAAUCACCGCAAGCCGGACCUAUACUGGUUGAAUCCGGUGGGAGAGAGGAUUACUCUGAGCGGAGGACAAUUGCGAGUGGCUGUCACGGGCCGAGACAACGGCCGGUGGCGCUGCGUUGUCGUCAAGGAUGACGGGGAGGACACGGCCUCGCUUUUCAUUACGGUUCUCGACCUCUUACCAGCUCCUGAGUUUCCUCUGUACACCUCGGAGCAGUCGUCUCUCAGCGUCCCUUGCCCUUUUGCCUUUAACGUCUCCUGGGAACAAUUCCAAUCCAGGAACGUCAAGAAAGUCAGCUGGUGUUACAUUCCAAAACUAUACUGGCAUCACUUCAUCAUAAAUCCGCAGAUGAUCCUGGUCUUCUCCCCAAAGAAUGCGGAACAGGGCUGGAGGUCAAACACGAGCCGGGGAAAAGGUUUUGUGGCAGACCUCCAAAAGGGUGGCUUGAUUUUAAGCAAAAAACAAUGGGGAGUAGAGGACCGAGGACACUACAGGUGCAAGUUCAAAUUUGGCAACAGCAUCUCCCUGAGCAGGAAUGUGAGUGUCGAGGUGUUAAGGGUCGUCUCCUCCGCGGGAUUGGUGCUUCACAGUGGCCAGAGCGUCAAUCUGACCUGCAGCCUUGGCAAGGCCUUGCCCCGAGACCACUGGGUCAAGUGGUUCCCACCUGAGCGCUCCGCCGCACGGUCUCUGCUCAGCUUCGGCCGCCUGGACCCCGCGCAAAUCGUCCUCGCUGAAGUGGGCCCGGACGAUGGCGGCAGGUGGAGGUGCGAGCUGUGGCGUAACAACACAAGGCUGACGUCGGCUGAAAUCACCUUGGCCGUCAGCCGCCAGCUGAGUGUGUGGAUGCUUGUGAGCAUCGGCGGCACUGCGGCCAUCAUCGCCAGUCUUCUCCUGCUUAUUUGCAUCACCUGGAGACACAGACGGCGGAACACAAGACGCCACCGACAUCGCGUCUGCCGCUCCAAUCAAUACGUACCGACGUUCACUUCCCGUGGGCGUGACACAGCGCCACUCCCAGGGGCCCACCAGUCUGAAGGAUACACGGAGUGUUUUCCUCAAAGAAAAACCAUGUUCAAACAGACGUCUCUUUCAUAUUGUCCCCGUCAGUCCGUCUCUGUUGCAGCCCCAAGCCCAAAGUAAUUUGAUGUGAGAUAUGUCCCGCGGCGUUUCAAAAUAAGAAGUGCGAGUUACAUAGCCUGCCGAUGCUAGCGGAUGAUGUCGCCGAGUCCUUGGAACUGUAAUGUAAGCUUAAUGCAUCGCAGCACAUUAUGCAAACACAAAGACAUUGUGUUUGUGUUCUUUUUUUCCGACACAAAUAAAACGUAUACAUGCAGGGUUUUGCAUUGGA